AUGGCCUCUCAUUUGAACGAUCGGCUACUAUGGCUGUGUCUGGGCGUUUCGCUCUUCUUCGCCGUCCGCGGCAUCACCUCAGAUCUGCGGAGGGUGUCCGAUCUGACGGAGAUCAAGCAUGUCGAAAAGGAAGAUAAGAUGAUCAGUGAGGGCACAGAAGACGCUCUCAAUCUCGACACAUUGCUAAAGCUCUCCGAAAGUACGAGUUACGAUCUCCGAGCAGCUGCCCUUCGGAUUAUAUCCGAACGAUCUACGAAAGGCGAAACAAGGGAUCUCCUCCUGCAAGACCUAGCGAGCAAGGACAAGGAACGGCGAGUGGCCCGAACGUCCGUGUGUUCCCGAUUGAAAGACCUCCCAACAUUCAACGCUCUAGUCGAUUGCCUCUGCAACUUCCUCGAAGAACACGUCGAAGAGACCUCCACCACAGUAUCUCCUAUCCUCCCAAAGACCAGGCCGCUGGGUGAGAAGAAGGCGCUAGGGGCUCUCAACAUCAUCCUCCAAGAGAAUAUCCCAGCGGCGUUGGAGGCAGGUGUCAUCAGUCGCUGGCUCUCGAGAUACCCAUUUCCCUGCGCGCUCGCGACACCCUCACGUCGGCAAGACGUGGUCAUUCUCAUGAAAACGUGGUGGUCUGACGAUGCGGUGAUGAGCUCGAUUUUCAGCACGCUCUCUUCUCACCCAGAGGGCACAAAACAGCUACGGAAAUACGGUCUCAUGGGCAGCAUGAUCGAAGAAAACGACCAAGAUGAGGAGGAGGCUGAGGGGGAUAGCGAUGUGUGGAUGGCAGAUGGGGAUGAUACGGCCGGAUCAAGACCAGCUUCUGGGCGACGGUUUCGCGGAACCGCGGAGGAGCAGGCUGUAAGAAGACGAAGAAGGGAAGCUAUGGUUUUGACCGAUGGAGGGAGACCUUUCGCAAGGGACGACAUCAUCCAGCUACCCGAAUAUCCGAGUGAUUGA